AUGCCACCCAAAUCAAAGGCCGUACCGAAACAAAAGGAACAAGAAUCGACACCUGUGGACAGCGAGCCUCCUAAGACUGUUUACGCCCGUAGCUCUCAUAUCUACGACCAAGGCCAUCCAUACGCCCCCAAACUCGCUUCCGGAGGACCCAGUGGCCUCUCCUCUUCUGAACGGACCCUCUGGGCCAACGCACAUUUCGCCCGUACACCUGCUGUCCUCAAACGCCUAGGCAACAAGGCUCAACGAGACGUUUGGAAGUGCGUCAACGAAGCUGGCGGGCUUCCAUUAAGAGCAGUCAAGCCUAUUCGUCCCGUCGCUACUGGCGGAGCUUCUGCACCUCAGGUCGGUACUGGAGGAAGUCCGAUUGCACAGCCGGGCUUCGCCUGGGGCAGGGACAGGUUCGGUGGGGACCUGGGAGACUCGACAUCCGAGCAACUCGACAAGAGGACUGAGAGGGCGUUGCAGCUUUCGGCAUUGGAGAUACAACAUAGCGCUUUCUUGGAGAAGAAGGAACGGGAGAAGGGAAGGUGGGUCGAUCCGAAGAACAACGAGGCUGUCGCUGUGUCGGCAGACGAGGUCGAGGAAGAGAAGCUGCGAAGAAGGGAGAUUUCGAGGCUCAGGAUGGAACUAUACGGCGAACGAACGGGGGAAUAUGGGACGGAUCCUGCGUGGGAUGACAUCGUACCUAUGCCCAUCGAGGAGGCUGAGGGUGCCUUGGCCGCUAUUGCCUAUCCUGAAGACUAUGCUGAAGCUGUCUCCUACCUUCGAGCCGUGAUGGCCAAAAAGGAAUACUCCCCACGCUCCCUGCGACUGACGGAGCACAUCAUCUCCAUGAAUCCAGCCCAUUAUACCGUGUGGCUUUUCCGCUUCUCGAUCGUGCAAGGCAUGAAGACCCCUAUUCCAGAGGAGAUUGAAUGGCUUAAUCAGGUGUCCCUGGAAAACCUGAAGAAUUAUCAAAUCUGGCACCACAGGAGGCUCCUGAUGGACCACUACUACCCGUCGAUCGAAUCCAGCCCCGAGGAGAAGGCGAAACUGGCCAAAUCCGAGCAGGAGUUCCUCGCGCAGAUCCUGGCCGAAGACACCAAGAACUACCAUGUCUGGUCGUACAGGCAAUACCUCGUGCCCAAAAUCGGUCUUUUCGGAGAGGCGGAGCUUGAGGCUGCCGAGGCUCUGAUCGACGAGGAUGUGCGCAACAACUCUGCUUGGUCGCAUCGUUUCUUCAUCGUCUUCUCUGACCCUGCAAAUGCCACCCCCGGCAGCCUGUCCACGGAGCAUGAUCCCAAGAUUUCUGCGGACAUUAUUGAUCGCGAGGUCAAGUACGCAGAGGAGAAAAUCCUGCUAGCGCCGCAGAACCAGAGCCCAUGGAACUAUAUCCGUGGCGUACUGGUUAAGGGCGGCCGCAAGGUGGGCUCAUUGCAGGGGCUCGUGGAGCGGUUCGUCAGCGACAUUGGGGUCGAGGGAAGCGAGAAGGUCACCAGCUCGCACGCCUUGGAGCUUUUGGCUGAUAUCUACGCCGAGAAGGGGGAGAAUGACAAGGCGGACCUGUGUCUGAAGCGCUUGGGCGAGAAGUGGGAUCGCAUAAGAUUUGGAUACUGGGAGUGGAAGAGAGCAUCGCUCAAGAGCAACUAA